AUCAUUUAGUGUCUGUUCUCCGUCGCGUUCGGUUAGCUCUGUGCUUGGUGGGAUCCAAGCAGUCGAAACUCGCGCGCGUGGUUGGUUGUGGUUGUCCGUAGUCACCCGUGAGAAGCAUCUCUCUGGAGGCCACACACAGUACAGUCCAUUCAUCUACAUAAUAGCUGCUGCGGAGUUGCCAACAACAAGAGAAAUACUUGCGAAACUUCUGCAAGGAUGGCGACGAUAAAGUUUGACGAUGGCAAAGUGCCCUACAUCGAUCUGGGCCGGGAUUACUUCGUUCGGCUCGAAAAUGACGAAUUCACCGAUCCGAAGUCCAAGGAGAAGGCAGCACGUGAACUACGAGAAACGCCCGACGUCAUUGCAGAGGCGAUCAAGGAACUGAGGGCCAAACUACAAGAUGAGAAAUCCCUCCACGUCCCCAUCGACGAUGACUCGUUUCUGCUCAAGUUCCUUCGACCGUGCAAAUUUUACCCGACCAGUGCGUUCGCUUUGAUUCAACGUUACUAUCGUUUCAAACAAAAGCAUGCUAAGUUGUGUGAUGAUUUAGUACCGGCCACGGUACAACACGUGUACGACGAAGGACUUCUGUAUUUCCAACCGCUGCGAGAUCAAAAUGGCUGCCGGAUCCUGGUACUGGAAGUGGGCAAAAAGUGGAAACCCUCCAAGGUGUCCCUGGACGAUCUGUUCCGCGCGUUGCAAGUCGCUCUGGAAGCUGGCAUGGAUGAACCCCGUACGCAGCUGAACGGUGCCAUUGUCAUCCUGGACAUGGACGGCCUGUCGUUGUCGCACAUUGUCCAAUUUACGCCCCGCUUCGCAGCCAUGGCUGUCCAGUGGGUCCAGGAAUGUACGGCCAUACGUCUGAAGGCGGUCCAUGUCGUUAACAAUUCCUACCUGUUCAAUAUGCUGUUUACCAUCUUCAAACCAUUCCUGUCGGACAAGCUGAGAAAGAGAAUAAAAUUCCACAACAAAGACUGGAAGUCAUUGACCUCGGACGUUGAUCCGGCUUGCCUGUGGCCACGCUAUGGCGGUACACUGGAUGUUGAGGAAUAUGAUGGACGGUUGAUUGGAGAAUUGCUGACAUAUUACCAAAAAGAGUAUGAAGAGGCCAAUUCGUACGGAUAUACCAAAAAAGUGUAACAUGACGCACAUCGGUUUAAUGGGUACUUAAGAAUUUGUAUUUAGAAUAUAUCUAUAUUUCGUAAAGCAAGCGCUAUUUAUUGUGAUAAAAAUUAGUAUUUUAUAUGGAAACAGAAGCAUUCGUUUUAAAAUUAGUGUUUUUAUGUAGAUACUGGAAAAUUGUACAAACAGUUGGUAGGAUAUUUGAAAUAAAUCAAUAGGGGUAUUCACUUAGCGCAUCGUUAGUAUGUGUACUACCGUAAAACUACCAG